ACCCAACCACAAGAAAUUGAUAGCUUCUUUACUUCAACUCUGCACACACAAACAAGAUGCCUAAGCCCACCAAUUCAAAGCUUCAAAUUGCCAUGUUCCCAUGGUUUGCUUAUGGCCAUAUGAUACCAUUCCUCCAACUUGCCAAUGAAUUUGCUAAGAGAGGUCACACCAUUUCCUUCUUACUCCCCAAGAAGACCCUCCAAAAAUUAGCUAACAACAAUCUUUACCCUCAUCUUAUAACCCUUCAUCCCCUCACUCUCCCACUUGUCCCUGGCCUGCCCCCCGGUGCCGAAACCACUGCCGAAAUAAAAGACUCUUUCAUCCUCACGAAAGCCAUGGACGGGACUAGGGACCAGGUCCGGGCGAUACUCGAGAAGCAAAAGCCCGACUUUGUUUUCUUUGACUUCGCUGAUUGGGUGAUGGACUUGGGCUCCGAGAUCGGGUUCAAAACCAUUUAUUACAAUGUGUUAAGUCCAACCAUAUCAGCACUUAAGCUAAUCACCUCUACUUGUCAUGAUAAGCCCAUUACAACGGCUUAUAUGAUGGAGCCUCCGCCAGGGUACCCUACUUCCAAAGUCUUGUUCAAAGAGCACGAGGCCCGAAAACUGGCAAAUUUCACAAAUGCCUUUUGGGAUAACACUCUGAGGUUGUUUGGCCGUAUCGCCUCAGGAAUGAAGAACUGUGAUUUAUUAGCAAUGAAAACCGUGAAGGAAUUGGAAGGGACUUACUGUGACUACUUUUCCACUCUAUAUAGAAAGCCCGUCCUCUAUACCGGCCCGGUCCUGCCCGAACCCAAAACAGAGCCAUUGGAAGCCAAAUUCAAUAACUGGCUCGAGAACUUCAGGCCUGGGUCUGUGAUUUUCUGUGCGCUUGGGAGCGAAUGGGUACUUGAGAAAGACCAAUUUCAGGAACUCCUUUUGGGGUUAGAAGAAACGCAGCUGCCAUUUCUUGUAGCCCUUAAGCCACCAAAAGGGACAAGCACAAUAGAAGAGGGCUUGCCAGAGGGGUUUCAAGAAAGGGUCCAAAACAGAGGGAUGGUUUGUGGUUGGGUCCCACAAGAUCUGAUUUUGGGGCACAAAUCAGUUGGGUGCUUUGUGAAUCACUGUGGGUAUGGGUCAAUGUGGGAGGGAUUGAUGAAUGACUGUCAGUUAGUGUAUGUGCCCAAUUUCUUUGACCAAUGUUUGAACACAAGGCUUAUGGUUGAAGAACUUGAAGUGGCUGUGGAGGUGGAGAGGGAUGGAAAUGGGGGGUUUUCAAAAGAGAGUGUUUGCAAGGCUGUUAAAUCAGUGAUGGAUGAUGAUAGUCAGAUUGGUUGCUUGGUAAGGGAGAAUCACAUGAAGUGGAAGGAGGUCUUGAACAAGCCUGGGUUCUUCACUAACUAUGUGGAAACUUUCAUCCAACAUUUGCAAGGAUUAUUAUUAGUCGAGUAAUAUCAUUGAGUUUAUUAUCUAAAAUAAAAUUUCCCAGAUGAGUAAUCCAUUUUUAUCUUCCCAGCCAUUUUACUUAAGUAUUUUUAAGUUUUUAAGUUUUAACGAUGGCCCAUGUCCUUAUUUGCUCAGAUAUAUUACUUGCAUUUAUUUCAUUCAAAUAAGUCAAAGUUGCUUAUUUUUAUAGUUUUAAUUGUUUUUUCUUGAAUAAAAACUACCGUAUGUCCAUGG